GUACUUUCCCAGGGCUGGGCAGAACAAGGAUCACCCCACUUCACCCUCUUGAGGCUGCCAGGAAUCAGUUCCCUAAGCCCCUGCUUAGCUGGCCAUGGGCCAAAUACUCCAUGGCACCUCCACCCACAGGAUCUCUCACAUCUGAGAAAGAUCCAGAUUGCAUCUUCCCACUCAACGUCCCCUACCCAGUCCAGCCCCCGAAGCAGUGUGUGCCACCCGGGAGACCGUAUUGGUGGGUGAAGACUCAAGGUACCUGGGCCUGUUGGCUGGCAAGGCCCAUGACUGAUCCCCUGCCCAUUCCCAGGGGCAAUACUAACCCCCAAGAUUGCUAAAGUGAACACUCCUGCCCCCAAGAGGAUGGGACGACAGAAGACAAAGGUUUCUGAAGAACCACAGGACCGCCUGGAUACCUCUCAGGACCCACAUUCUGACACCAACUACCUGGCGCCCUAUAAUAAGGAGAUUGUCACAGUCACUCUGUAUGGAGCUACCAACCUUCCUGCCUGCAAGGAUGGCUCUGAACCGUGGCCCUACGUGGUGGUAAAAACCACAUCAGAGAAAGCCAACAAUUACAGCCCUCAAGCGAUGACCUCUGUGACCUCAGAACCCACCAGAGCCCCCAUCUGGGGGGACACAGUGAAUGUGGAGAUUCAGGCAGAGGACACAGGACGGGAAGAUGUAAUCCUCAAGGUGAUGGACAACAAUAAGAAGGAGGAGCUGGUGUCCUAUAAAAUCCCCAUUAAAUACCUGCGCGUCUUCCACCCAUACCACUUUAAGUUUAAAAAGUCUGAGAGAGAAGGUGAAGCCACUGCCAAGACCUGCCUGUAUGCCACUGUGGUCCGGAAGGGCAGCUUACUACCCCGCUACAUUGGCUGCGACCAUACAGCUCUGGAGGUCUUUCUUCGAGGAGUCAACGAACCCUUAGUCAACAACCCCAAACCCAUGGUGGUAAUCGCUCGGGUAGUUCCCUGCUAUACUGAGUUCAAGGCCAGACAGGCCAGGCAGGACCCUGCCUCUGUGGGGCUGCCCCUCAUCCAGGUGUCUUUCCCCAUCGCAUCGCCAAUGAACUUCGAUGUGCCCCGGGUCAGCCAGAACGGGUAUCCUCAGCUGUCCAAGCCUGGGGGGCCCCCAGAGCAGCCCUUGUGGAACCAGUCCUUCCUCUUCCAAGGCCGAGAUGGAGCUACCAGUUUCUCAGAGGACACAGCCCUGGUGCUGGAGUAUUACCCCUCUGCCUCAAUGAAAUGCAGUGAACCAUGGACCCUUAACCAGCCCCUGGGUGUCUCGGUGUUACCACUGAAGUCUCGUCUAUACCGCAAGAUGUUGACAGGAAAAGGCUUGAAAGGGCUGCAAGUGGAACGGCUCCCCAUCAUUGACACCAACCUAAAAACCAUCAAUGGAGACGCCCCCUCAGUGAAUCUCGCCUUCCAGCUGCUUUCCUCUGAGAGGCCAGAAAACCUCUUGACACCGAACAACAGCAAGGCUCUGCCCACCCUCAACCCCAAGAUCCUCGAUGAGAAUCUGGGUGCCAUCCGUGAGUCCUGGUCCACGGGCUCCUUAGACUUCUCUCAGGAAGCAGAGGAGCUUCAGCCCCGUGACGUGGAGAUGAACAAUUACCGGCGGGCCAUGCAGAAGAUGGCAGAGGACAUCCUGGCACUGAGGAAGCAGGCCAACAUCCUGGAGGAGGAGAACAGCAUGCUAAGGAGCCACCUGACCCAGCAGAGCAUAGAAGAGCAGAGCAGAGCUGAAGAGGAGAGCCUGGCGGUGUCCAUGAAGCAGAGGCUACUGCUGAAUGAACUGGAUAUGAAGAGGCUUCGAGACAGGGUGCAGCACCUGCAGAAUGAGCUGAUUCGGAAGAAUGAUCGAGAAAAGGAGUUGCUGCUUCUGUACCAGGCUCAGCAGCCACAGGCUGCACAGCUGAGGCGGUUCCAUGACAAGUUGCAGAAGGUGAAGGCCCUGGAAGACACUGUGCGGCACCAGGAGAAGGUGAUCGAGAAGAUGGAGCAGAUAUUGGAAGAAAGGCUCUGUGAGCAGAAGGAGCCAGCACGCUCAAACAGGCUACAGGGGAAGCCUGUCAUGGCCUCUGGAAUUCCCCUGGGCCCCGUGGGAGAGACCCUGGCUGUCGAUCUGUACUCUAUGCUGUUGGCAGAAAACACGAGGCUUCGGACAGAGCUGGAAAAGAACCGCCAGCAGUCAGCCCCCAUCAUUCUGCAGCAGCAAGCCCUACCGGACUUCCUUGGUGGAACUUCAGACAAGGUUAACCUCCUGGCCAAGCUAGAACAAGCUCGGAGUCGGAUCUUGUCCCUGGAAAACCAGCUGGAGGACUCAGCUCGCCACUGGGCACGAGAGAAGCAAAACCUGGCCAUUCGGCGUCAGGAGCAACAAUACGGCUUUGGACAGCCACCAAACUCCAUCAUCAUAGACCAGGCUAAUUCUGGAACAGCCAAGGAUCCCCAGCAGCCCUCCAAACUGGAACCCUCACUGCCCAGCUCAGACGUGAAGUUCAACAGACCCUCAAAUUCCCAGAUUGAGAGCUCUAACCCCUGAGAAGACCUGAGAGUGGAGCACGCCUCCUUCACCAUGUUCUGGGAACUCACCCGCCCCCCAAAGAUGUCUUUAGUAAAAGCUGUAAGUCAAUA